AUUAUGACGACGCGACAGUAUCUACUUACAUAUGUAUAUUUGCACGGGUGGGGAAAAUAUGCUUACGAUUUCUGACAACAGAUGACAUAACCUAACCUAUGCACCUGCGUAUAGUUAUGUAUUAAUAUCCCCACUACUUAAUAAAUAAAUGAAUACAGCUAGCAAGUUACCACGGAAAAUUUACGUUGAAAGACUUGACGUCUUCUUCAGACUUUUUCGUUACAAAUCUGAGCAUCAUUACUAUGAUAUUGUUCCAUUUUUACCCUUUCGUAUGUCCGGACUAGCUGCAAAGCAAGUAUUUUUGAGAAAUUUUUGUAAAAACAUACUAACAUCUGAGAGACUAUCUUGCUACAAUUUGGUGGGAACAAUGGCAAAUUCAGCUGCACAACAGAAAUUAAAUCAGGCAUCAAUGGAACCAUUCUUGGAAACAUAUUACACUUCUAGUAAUAAUUAUGAAAUCCCAUUAAAUUUUUUACCAGAAAAUUUAACAUGUGAAAGUAACAUGCAAACAGUUCUUGGAACAAAUGCAUGUGUUGAAACUCCAAUGUUUUUAAUGGAUAAGUACAUGUCUGAUAAACAGAAGUAUAAAGCAAUGAGACAAUGGAUACGUUUUAAGAAAGAGAAGCUGACCUCUAAUUCUGAAGAAUCUUUUAUUCUGAGAGUAUUAUCCUUCAACAUUUUGGCACAAUAUCUAUUGGAAACAUAUCCAUUUUUGUACAAGGCUCAUGACAAACAGGCACUGUCUUGGAAGAUUAGGAGGCAGCUUCUCUUACAAGAGAUUUUAGGAGCACAAGCUAACGUGAUUUGCCUUCAAGAAAUGCAAGAAGAACAUUUGGAAGAAUUUUUGGUUCCGCUCCGGGAGUUAGGUUAUAACUAUUUAUAUAAAAAACGAACAAACGAUAAAAAAGAUGGAUUGCUAUUCCUAUAUCGAUCUGAUCAGCUUAUUUUAAUAGACUAUGCAAAAGUUGAGCUUUAUCAAUCUGGUAUUGAAUUGUUGAAUAGAGAUAAUGUUGGAAUUAUUGCAAAACUAGCAGUUAAAAAAAAUCCUGAAAUACAAUUGGUGAUUGCUACAACCCAUCUGCUUUACAAUCCGAGACGACAUGAUGUGAGAUUGGGACAAACUCAACUUCUUUUAGCAGAAAUUGAGAGGAUUGCUUUCCUGGAGAAUACAAUGACGGGUGCCAAAUAUCUUCCAAUCAUACUGGCAGGUGAUUUCAACUUGCAGCCCCAUUCUGGAGUAUACAAAUUUAUUGUAGAGGGAGUAUUUGAAUAUCAAGGGAGGGGGAAAAAUCUUGAACGAACUGACUACCGGUCGCUAUCGAAUUCUCUUAUCCCUCCCCGGCUUUGCAUUACUGAUAAUUGUCAACAUUUUAAUGUCUUAAAACAGAGACUACGUGGAGAAGGAACCGACAAAGUGAUGUUGGAAAAUAGCGAACACCACAAUGUAGAUACUUCAGAAAAUAAUUCAUCAAACGUUUGCGAAGUGAAAGCAGAUACAACUGAUUUUCAAACAAUAGAAAUUGCACAUGAUUAUCGUGUUAAUUUCUGUUCUGGCACCUUAACUCAUCCUUUCCAUUUUAAUAGUGUAUACAAACAUCAAAAUUGUCACGGAGAACAAGAAGCUACAACAAAUCAGGGCAAAUGGAUCACUGUUGAUUAUAUUUUUUAUAGCGAUCUGGAACUUCUUGAAGUAUAUGAUUUACCCACAGCCACGAGAUGCAACACUUUACCUACAAUACCUAAUUUUGCAGUUGGAAGUGAUCAUUUGUGUUUAGCAGCUACUUUUAAACUACGUAAAAGCAAACUUUAGAACUUUUAAUAUCAUGAUUUAUAAUAUAGUGAAAAGUUAUUAUAUUAUAACCUUGAGACAAUUACCUUUUUUACACUAUGUAUGAAAAGAUAAUGUAAGUAAGAGAUACUGUACAGAAUAGCCACGUUAUUUUGUAUAAAAAAAUUAAAAAUGUUACUAUUUUCCUUUAUUGUUAUUGAUAAAUAUGGAAAACAUUGUAGUUUGUAAUGAUUUAUUACAUUAAAUGUGACAUAUAUUAUACCUUGUA